AUGUCAAUAUCUUCUUCCAUGUCAGAGGGCCCUGCGCUGCCCACAGGCGCUGAUAUCAUCGACCUGGACCGUUAUAUGAGAUCUUCUGUUAGGCCCUCAUUACCACGCUCAGGGAGAACCGAGCAUCUCGUAGUGGACGCAGGAGCUUUAGGUAGAAGACAGGUAUCUCCAAGCACUUGUAGCGGGCGUGGCAGCAGCUCAGAAGGACCUCGAAUUUCUCCCAUCCAAUACGCUCCUAUAAACACUGGACAGUACCCUCCACCACACAAAAGAUACUCGCAUGAUUCUGGAGUUUCAGACGGCAGUUUUGUAAGAAGGAAACAACGGAAUAGACGUGUUAACGAGGGUAACAGAGUGCGCGAAUCAUCACGUCACUCAGGGUCUUCAAUACGGGAGUUUCGAGCGGUGUGUGAACGAACACUAAAAGAACAACAACAACAGAUCGCGCGAGUAGCUCAAAUUUGCGAACGGCUGGCUACGGCGGAUCCUGAGCGAAAGAGACAUACAGCGGAUAUCAGAGAUGAGCGUGUAAAGCAUAGUACAGUGAGAGAAGAUAGAGCGAGACAACCUCCGAGCCAACAUGCUACUUCAGAACCAGCUGCUACUGGCAUUGCGAAACCGCCUGGCCAAGAUAAGGUACCUGGUUCUGGUGGAAGCAGUGACUCCAGUGAGCUGUCAUCGUCCAGCAGGACAACCAGUAGUAGACGUCGUAAGCGAAAAGACAAACAUUUGAACGAAUCGUGCAAGACUUAUAAGAUAAUAAUGCGAAAACUGGAGGAGUUGAGCCGAGUUUUCGCAGCACGUCGCCCCCCACCUCAGCCUUCUUCAAUGGUACGUGCGCUCUCGUCUGGGACCGUCUCUCUACGCGAUAAAUUGGUCGCAACUGAGCCCCACGAAAACGCAACGACCGUUCAAACUAUGUUGUGCAGCGGAAGUGCGGUGGCGGCAAGAACGCGCGAGAAACGUCUCGAGUUCUCGCAGGCUAAUAAACUGGAUAUUGCGCCGGCGCGUCCAAAUAACGUCCUCGUGCAUAGCAUAGUUGAAAGUGACUCGUCUGGAUGUUCUGUACGGAAGCUGAACCAGUGCGGCUUCGACCUUGAUGAUCCUGUGCACUUGUACGCACAAGCAAAAAGGUUAAACCCUCACAUGACCAGACCAGGCUGUUAUACGGUAACAGAAGAAAAUGCCACUCGGGAGAGGGGUCGAGUGGGAGGGCGCGUAUCCUUGUGCUCGCUCUGUCGUAGCUACUGGCGUUCGCUGUGGCGCUGCCUCCCAAGUUAUGUUGCAAAAGAUUGUUAG